ACGCAAGACAAAUGUGUCGUAUGUACAAAAUAUAACAUAAUUUCUUAUUUAUACUGUUUAUAUUGUGGUUUUGGUAGUGCUGCCAUCGGUGAGCAAUGCACGUGAUUGACCGUAGCGUGCAUUCAAACCAGUGACAGGCGUGGGGGAGGCGCGUCGUGGGUGGUCUGUCGUGGUGCGCCGACCGGGAACACGACGCGUUGUGUGGUCCGGCUGGUUCAUGUGCUUCGAGCGCGGUUGUUGCGUAGAAGAUGCAAGACGCCCUGUCCCAGCGAGACGCCACCCUCAUAGCUGGAAUUGAUCCGUGAAUUCAACCGCAUGAAGAUGAUAUUCUUGCUAAUUCUUUGUUGUCUGUUGCUUUGCAAUGGCUUGCCUUUGGAACUGGAGCAUGGAUUUAUAGCAAAAGGUGAUAGCAAAAACAGUACAUGGAAGGAUAGGGACUUGAGUCUAACUCAUAGAUUCAAAGAUCCCAAUUAUUUAUUAGAUAGAUAUCCUAUGGGUGAAUUAUCACCGGAUAUCUCGACUUGUCUCCGACCUGCCAAAUGUAUUCCAUUGUCUAAAAAUACUUGUAUGGGUACAAAAUUACCUUAUACUUUUACCACAUUAGACCUUAUACCAGAGCAUGUAACUCAAGACAUUGUUGAGGAAAGAUUGUACUUAUUACAAGCUUUGAAACAUGUGCCAAAAUGUUGGGCAGUUGUUCAACCUUUUUUAUGUUCAAUAUUUAUGCCAAAGUGCAUUAAUGAUACAGUCGAACUGCCGUCUUCAGAAUUGUGCAAGAUAGUAUCCGGACCCUGCAGAAUGCUGAUGAAUCACACAAUAUGGCCGAGUUUCGCAAAGUGCGAAAAUACAAAAUUGUUUGCGCGACUGUGCCAGAAUGACAUGAGGGAAUCGAAAUUUAAUACCACAGGCAAAUGUUUGAAACCUCUUGUACCUACUGACAAUGCUCUCUCAAUUUUUGAUGGAGUGGAGGGCUGUGGGACUCAAUGUUACAACCCGUUAUACACGCCUGACGAACACAAUCAAAUACACACGUUGAUCGGAUGGGCUGCAAGCAUUUGUUUGGCCUGCAAUUUGUUCACCAUUAUAACAUUUCUGAUAGAUUGGAGAAGUGCAAACAAGUAUCCAGCUUCAGUGAUAUUUUAUAUAAAUGUUUGUUUUAUGGUAUCUUGCAUUGGCUGGUUGAUUCAGUUCAUUCCUGGCAGCAGAGAUGAAAUUAUAUGCGGUAAAGAUGGAACAUUAAGGACGAGAGAACCGAGUGGGGUGAAUCUAUGCGUCUUUGUUUUUGCCUUAAUAUAUUUUUCUCUAGUGGCAGCUAUGGCAUGGUUUGUCAUAUUAACAUAUGCUUGGCAUAUGGGUUUUCGUGCACUUGGAACAAUACAAGACCGGCUAGACAGAAAGAAUGCUUACUUUCAUAUAAUCGCUUGGUGCACAGCACUCGUUCUGACAGUCGCAAUAAUGGCGUUAAAUCGUAUUGACGGCAACAGUAUAACGGGAAUCUGCUUUGUGGGUCAUACUGAUCAUUUAAUGAAAGGUUUUGUGUUAGUUCCUGUAUUAGUUGCAGUGCUAAUAGGAGGAUAUUUUCUAUGCAGAGGACUCUACACGCUUAUUCGCUUAAAAAUAAGCAGUCAAGAGAUCAUAUCUAAAAGAGCAAGUUCAAAAAUAAAAAAAACUAUUUUUAAAAUAGUGAUCUUUUCUAUAAUGACUCUUUUAACUGUUAUUAUGACAUUUUAUUAUUACAUUUAUGAAAUUCAGAACUUGCAUCAGUGGCAAGAAAGUUUUAGAAAUUACAUGAUAUGUACGAUUGUGACACAGUAUGAAGAUGUAUCUGAAAAAUGUAAAAUGGAUGUAAAGCCCAGCACAGGAACACUGCAAUUGCAUUUGCUUACAUUAUUUGCCCUCGGUGGAUCUAUGAUGCUGUGGAUUUGGACGAAAUCAACAGUCAAUACAUGGUGCAGAUUUCUAAGAAAUAUAUGGUUCUUUCUCAUUUGCAGAAAAUUCAAUCGCGAGUCUGAAGAGCCUCCCAUAAGACUGACCAAACAUAAGCUUAUUGCGCAUUUAUUCGCAAGCCAGAAAACGUUUAAUAAAGCCGGUCGUUUAUCCAUAAGUUUUCACAAUGCUCACGCGGAUCCAGUUGGAUUGAACUUCGAUCUCAAUUCCGCGGGAUCACAAGACUUUAGCACCACUUGGGCGGCUGCCCUGCCUAAAUUAAUAAAGCGUAGAUGCGCAAUAGCUGGCGGUAAUACAGGAUCUGUGUCUAGUAAUAGACGAAACUCGGGGGAUUCUGAAAUUAGUUACAGUUUCCGAUGUGUUUCUAUGGAAUCCAGACGAAACUCUCUGGAUUCGCAAAUAUCUGUGCAGAUUGCACAAGUAAAAACGACGCGAAAGGUCGCAAGUCGGUCACGCGGUCGUCGUGGGAAAAUCAGGAGAGACUUCGGGAAAUCCCGAUCAGCCAAAAUCGAUCCACUCUCUAGAAGAGGUAGCACGACUUCUCAAGACAGUCAACUAAUGACUCAAGUACCGAUUCAAAUGCCCAAUAUGGGCAGGAGGCUGGGAAAUGCCGGACUGGACGAACGAACUUUGAAAAUUAUCGACACUAAGAAUACAGGAAUGCUAUUACCUUUUUUAUUGAGAGGGCAGAGUGACGAGAAUUUAAGCAGCGACGAGAAGAGACAAGAUAUGAUUGAUAAGGAUACCGACAUAGAAGUAGGCAACAUGGAGAAGGAAGAUGAACAGGACAGUGACAGCGAAGGAAGUCAGUCGGAGGAUGAAGUAAAAAUGCUAAACCCAGAAAAUGCGCAUGAACGUAAUAAAAAUAAAGAGCGUAGCAAUAAGAAAACUUAUAAUCAUGAAAGUGCUAGAAGUCGCGAAAGUAGGGGCAAGUAUGUUCUGCAGGAUGAAACUCUUUUGAAGCAUCUACUUCAGGAAGCUAAUGAUAUUAAGAUGAAAAACGAAAACGAAAAGAAAGAGGCGUAUAGGAAAGCUGUAAUGAGCGACUUGGAUUCUAGUCUCACCUCGUGUUAUCCAGAGUUAACAAGAUUGUUGCAAAGCAACGGACAGACUAGUGCUAGAGAGAUGGCAACACAGACAUCGUUGCCAUUGGAUAUAUUGGAGAUGGAAGAGUUAAAGCAGAGUAUCGACGAGAUAAUUAACAGCAGACACUGCAGUUCCAAAGGAACACAAAUAUCUCCACAAUUAAAGAAAAACAAGAAUAUCAUGACGUAAGACUGAGAACUUUUUUUUAUUUUUGUUUUUAAACCUGUUAAAAAAUACACGUGUAAAGACGUAGUGCUAAACAGAUAAUUUAUCGAAAUUUAUAAUUUAUAAUUUAUCGAAAUAGUAAAAAAAAUGAUUGCAUCGCUGAUCGAAUUAUAUUCUCUUAUCAUUUUAUUAUAUAGUAUUUUUUUAAUAUAAAAACAAGAUGAGUUACUUUUAUUGGUUAUUUUUGAUAUUGUAAAUAAUGUACGAUGCAAUAGCAAAAAAAUCGGGUUAAAUAAUAUCUUGAGAACAUUAUAAGUAUAACAAUACAUAUAAAUAUUUUUCCACAUUUUUAUUAUUACCGCUAAAAUAAUAAUCAAAUCUUAGUACGGUAUCUUGACAACUCGUAUCGAGUGCCAGGUAGUUAAUUUUUAAUUUGUGAUGACACUAGGAUCUUAAAUAUAUAACAUUGUACAUAUUUUUUCGUAAGAGUGGAUACUAUUAUAUCUUUAAUAUUAUAUGUCUUCCAAUGUUUUGUAAGAAUGUAUCGAACAUUCUAUGACAGUGAGAUAUUAUAUGUGUAUGUGUAUAUGCGUGUGUGUGCGCGCGAGUAUGUUUAUACAUUUAUUUUUUUAAGUGGCUGAAUAAAAUGCGUUUUACAAUUGUCUACAUUAGUGAUCUAUAAAUUAGUGGCUACUUUGGAAACAAAAUAAUCUGAUAUAAUUGUAAUUUAAAUCACAUUCAUAGAAUGCAGAACAAUGAACAUUCUUUAUUUUAAUAAUUAAUAGAUAAUUUAUUUUUACAAUAGCCACAUUUUUAUAGUCACAGGAAAAUAGGUAGGAUUACUUUUAUAUAUAUUUAUUUAUAUAUAAAAGUAAGUGAGAUAUAUACAUAUAUAUGUGUAUAUAUAUCUCUCUCUAAUACGAAACUAUAAAUCGUAUUUUGUCAAUCAUUUACGGCUAGUACAAAUUUCUCUAUUGAAAAGUACUAAUCAUAAGCUGUGUCUCUUUGUAUCAUUACAUUUGUUUCAUACUUAUGCAGUAUUAGCCUAAUUAUUCUUUCAAUAUUUUUAAACAUCUCUAAAAUUUCAUUGUUACAAUAUACGCGAAAUAUGAAAAUGUAUAUUACUUUCUCAAUCAACAUACUAAAUUUCAUUGAUUGCAUUUAAUGUAUAAUUCUACCUUCGAGAAAAAUUAUAAAUAAAAUAAUUCUUA